AAAAGAUGGACGAAAUUCCAAUUUCUUUCUCAUUCACCACAAUCAUCAUCUGAUCUAUUAAAAGAAGAGAAUGGAGGAUUCAGAGAUUCAUGUGAUGAGCGAGAUUCAUCUCGGUUGCCCACCCGCCACUAUGGGGCCCUUUCUAUCCCGCUUCAACUUCUAUUUUCCCUCGGAUCAUUCAAUUGGUGUUGAUAAAGAUGGUGACCUUGUUCUUCCUAGGCGUAAUCCUUUCCAUCUCACUUCGUUUACUGUCACCAUUCAGCAUUGCGUCACAUCUACCCUCCCUCAUGUUGGUCUCCAGGUCUGGAAAGCACAACUCCUCUUAUCAGAUUUCGUGUUGCAUAAUAUGUCUCUACUCAGUGAUGUUGUGUGCCUGGAACUCGGUGCUGGAACAGGGCUGCUGGGUAUUUUGCUUGCACGGGUGGCCAAGACUGUUUUCCUUACUGAUCAUGGAGACGAAAUCCUUAGCAACUGUGUUCGGAACGUGGAAAUGAAUUCAUCCCUGUUUCACCCUCAAGCUGUGGUAAAUGUUCGUGACCUAAACUGGAUGAGCGAUUGGCCUGUUGAAGAUGAUUCUAAACCGUAUCGUUGGAGUUUGCAGGACUUUGAACAAGUCAAAAGUGCGAGCUUCAUUUUUGCAGCAGAUGUGAUCUACAGCGAUGAUCUAACCAUAGCCUUGUUCAGCAUGUUAAAGCGAGUCAUGUCCUUGGGUUGUGACAAGGUACUAUAUCUGGGAUUGGAGAAAAGGUACAACUUCAGCCUGGACGAUCUCAACGUUGUUGCCAAUGGCUACGCAUGCUUCAGAAGACACAUCAAAGAAGAUGGACCUUGCGACAAGAGUUUUGUGGGCAAGCGCAUCGACGUCAAACAGAUCCCCCAGUACACCAAGGACUACGAUAGAGGAGAAGACAUUGAGCUUUGGGAGAUCAAAUAUGUACGUUAAUACUCUAAAUACAUUAGGACAAAGCUUAUUUAGGAUAAGCUUUUUCAUUGUCCAUCUUGGUAGUUUCCUCCGCUUGUUCUUUUGAGACGGGAACUUCAACUUCUUACUCUUCCAAAAGCUGCAACGAGGGGAGAGAAAUAUAUAUAAACAUAAAAUUGAAGGAUCUACAAAGUUGAUAAAGGGAAGGCACGG